CGCCAACGUUCCAAAUGUCACGUGAUCUCCCCUCUCCCUCUCCCACCUUUGGUUCUCUCACCUCGCGCUCCUCCUCCGCCCUCCUCGUAGAUUACCGUUGGGACGAGUGCGGCGCAACCAAACCCAGCUGCUAAACCCGCGACAAGGACAAACAGCUCAGAGUUGCCUCGCCUCGCUCGUCCAGCUUGAUCGCACUCGACCCACCACUCGCUCGCGCCGCCUGGGAUUUUUCUCGGAGAUCAAUCGGCCGAUUUGGUUUCCGCCGGCUUCGGGAGAGCGCUCCCUUCUUGUCUUGCCCCCGCCCCAGACAGUUUAAGGUUCCCGGCCGCGGAUCAUCAAAAGUUUAAACAUGACGACACUGUCGUCCGGCGUUCUCCUCAAGCUCCUGGACGGCAUGAAGUCCGGCGCCGCCAAGCCCGUGGGCGAGCACCGGACGGCGGUGCUGCAGGUGACGGACAUCGUGCCGGCGGAGCUUGACGAGAAGGACUUGUUCCCCAAGCACGGCAAGUUCUACGUCAAGGUCUCCGACGCCUCGCACUCCAUCUACGUCACGCUCCCGCUGGCGCAGGCCGAACUCGUCCUCUCCAACAAGCUCCACCUCGGCCAGUUGGUCCACGUCGACCGCCUCGACCCGGGCUCCCCCGUCCCCGUCAUCGUCGGCGCCAGGCUGCUCCCGGGCCGCCACCCGCUCGUCGUCGGCACGCCGGACCCGGGCGCCAAAGCCAAGCCCGCCACGCCGCGCAGGGGGUCCUGGGGCUCCCAGCAGAACGCCAGCAUCAAGCCCACCACGCUCAACUUCGAUGCCGAGAAGACGCCGGUCAAAGAGCGGCCGGUCUUGUCGAUGCCGAUCAAGGAGCGUGUGGGCGCGGCGACUCCUGUCAGGGAGCGCGGGGUCGCGGUCACGCCUGUUAGGGAGCGCGUCGCGGCGUCGCCGUCCCUGAGCUCUGCAUCGGUGAGGAAGAGCAGCAGCGUGCUGCCAAGGCUGCUGACCAGGAGCAAGAGCUUCGUCGCCGACAGGGACCAGCAUCCCAAGAUCCCCAAGAUCCCAUUCCCCACGAGCUCAGUGAGCUGCGCAGCCUCGCGGGCGACGAGGAGAGCGGCGAAGGAGGAAGUGCCCUCCUCGCCUCCCUCCGAUGAUGAGCUCGGCAGCUCGGCGACUUUUUCCAAGAAGCGAUCGUCGACGGCUGCUUCCGUGCCGGUGCCAGGGAAGCUCAGUUUACUUGGGAAGGACGCCCUGGAGCAGAUGGAGCGGGCGCAGAAAGCCGCUCAGGAGGCGCUACGCAAUGCCUCUGCCACUGCCAACGUGGCUAGGAUCUACGAGAUCUUCUCUAAACUGAGCGAGGCGGCGAGACCGGACACGCCGGCCUCCUGCUUCGACAGCUUUCUCAGCUUCCACCAGGAGGCCGUGCAGGUCGUCACCGACAUCGAGGCGAUCCAGGCGGCCACCUCGAUGGCCGCGGCCGUGGCGAGCGACGAGCAGCCCGAGGACGCGCCGCCGGUGCUGCAGGAGAUAGCCCAGAACAGGGCGGUCAUGCGGCGGAGAGGCAUUGGCGGCGGCGGUGGAGGCGGCGUGUCCAAGUCCGUGUCGUUCGCGCCCGGCUCGUUGGAUUCCAGGCAGGACGACGGCGGCGGCAAGACCGGCCGGAGCUCGAGUGCCAGCAGAAAGUGCCUCGCCAUGGACAAGAUCGGCGGCGACGGCGGCGACGAGAAGAGAUCGUCGUCUUCUUCUGCUCCCCCCUCUGCCACCACCACCACUGCUCUAGGCUCCUCGCUGAAGCUGGCGAAGCAGAUACAGUCCGAGGCGGGGAGCUGGUUCAUGGACUUCUUGGAGGCCGCACUGGAGACCGGGCGGCUCAAGAAGAGCAAGGCGUCGGCGACGGGGGACGGGCGGAAGCAGAGCAGCAGCUGCUGCCCGCAGUCACUGAUGCUGCGGGUGAUCAACUGGGUGGAGAUGGAGCAGAGCGGCGGCGACAGCAGCGGCAGGAGGCCCGCUCACCCCAGGGUGGCCGCCAUUGCACGGAAGCUCAGAAUAAAAGCAAAGAACCCUUGAUGCCCCUGCUAACUACAGUACUAAUCAGUAUUGCUCUGAUUCUUCUAGGAUGGUAGUUUGUUGUUGCGUUAGAACCUAUAGAAGGCAGCUGCCUCCCCAUUGUUGAUUGUUCACGGUAUUACUAGGAUUGUUGUUCUUGAAGUCGGAUCGGAUCAGCUGCAGAAACAAACGCCUUCUCCUGAGCAGGUGCUGUGUUGAAAUUAUAGUAUUGAUUGCGUGUAAAAUUUA